GGCAAGGAUGUCCUUUUGCCCGUUGUGACACUAAGUGACGUCCCGUGUAAGUUGAGCGGGCUUGAUUAUCCGGUUAUGGCACCACCGGACAUUCGCAUCUCCAACCAUAACUGUUGGAGCCAAGCCCUUGGGUGCGGAGAUGCGGGGGAAGGCCGGCAGCAGCCAAACAAGCCAAGAGAGGACAUCGGCGCAUACAUUUACACCCGCUUCGCGUAGGAUGAUUCCUUCAAUUGUGCCUGCAUGCCGCCGCAUACAACAAUCUUUAUCGACGACGACAAGCCCGCCUGCCCCAUGAAGAGUGUAUCAACACAACCACCAUCACCACCACCGCCAUGCCGCUCAGCAAAAUCAUCGUCGUCGGCGCCGGCCCCUCCGGCCUGCUGCUAACCCUCCUCCUCGCUCGCGCCAACAUCACGGUCGAGCUGCUGGAGCAGACGCACUCGCUCGACACGAACCCGCGCGCGAGCCACUACACGGCCGAGUCGUGCAUGGAGUUCGACCGGGCCGGCAUCCUGGACGAGGUGCGCGCGCAGGGGUUCACGCCGGACGGGGUGUCCUGGCGGCGGCUGGACGAGCGCAAGACGCGGCUGGUCUCGCUGCGCAACGCCAUCAACGAUCCGGACGCCGAGCCGGGGCGCUACCGCAUGGUGUGCCUGCCGCUGCACAAGCUGGGGAAGAUCCUCGAGGCGCGGGUCAGGGCGCAGCCCACGGCUGAGAUCAAGUACGGGCAUAAGGUCGUGGAGAUUGGGGAGGAUGCGGGGAAGGGGAAGGCGUGGGUGAGGGUGGAGAAGGAGGACGGCAGCAGCGAGGUGCGCGAGGCGGAUUACGUGGUGGGUUGCGACGGCGCGAAUAGCAUCGUCAGGAGGAAGCUGUUUGGAGACAUGGUGUUUCCUGGUUUCACGUGGGAUCAGCAAAUCGUGGCGACGAAUAUGUACUACGACUACGAGCCCUAUGACUACGAUGAUAGUCAGUUUUUUGUUCAUCCGGAGCAUUGGCACAUGGUGGCAAAGAUCCAGACAGACGGUCUUUACCGGGUCACAUAUGGCGAGGUCGGCGGGCUCACCUACGAGCAGUUGAAGGAGCGGCAGCCGGCAAAGUUUCAGGCCUUCCUGCCGGGUAAUCCGACGCCUGACAAGUACAAGCUUGUCAACUUUAGCCCGUACAAAGUCCACCAGCGGUGCGUUGACAAGAUGCGAGUGGGCCGCUUCUUGUUGGCGGCGGACGCGGCGCAUUUGUGUAACCCCUUCGGUGGCAUGGGUCUCACGGGCGGGAUUGCAGACAUCGGCAGUCUGUACGAUGCCUUGGUGGGCAUCCAUACCGGUCAGGCCGAUGACUCAAUUCUCGACAAGUACGACGAGGUGCGGAGGCGGAUUUGGCACGACAUCAUCAACCCGAUCUCAUCGGAUAACAUGACGCGCCUGUUCAAGUACUCUGGUCCUGAUGAGGCAAUGGAGAAGGAUCCGUUCUUCAAGCUGGUCACUCGGAUGCAGAACCCUGGUGAUGGAGAAGAUGAGCCCCCAAAUCCCGGGCUACCAUCGCUGCGUUACGACAUGACCCAGCACUACCGCAAGUGAUGUGGAGCGUCAGCCUCGGAGAAUAUGGACAUGAAAGGGGGCACGCUGCUGGAGCAGCUAGAAGCUCAUGCAUUGCGACAGUCCGAUUAAGGUAGGCACUACCAUCUUAUGGACCAGGCAGAAAUGCAUGAAUCUGCAAGUGAGUGACGAAUGAGGCCUACAUGCACGGAGGUAUUGUAGUUAGUGGUGCUUUCGAGGAGUCUCAGACUCAGGUGCGGGGUGUCCACUGUCAAGCAAUUGGGCAGCGCCAAACAAACGAAGUGAACAAUGUCGCCGUCAGUCUUGGAAUUGGUAUUCCAGUUUCAA